AUGUCUCUCUGUUCUUCCGUGACGACAGGAACUAGAAAACUGAGGCUGAUGGGGAAGGAGGAAGUUGUUAAAGAUAAUGCUACAUUAGCUUCCAAUUUAAGACCUACAAACCAAUGUAGGACUCUUUUACCGAUGCGGUUGCUUCAGAUAUUCUUGAUGUUCGUUGUUUUGGCUCUUGGAAUCUCAGUCGUUAGUAUGCACAUGAUCAAGUACUUGAAGAUUCAGACUUUGGCUCCAACCACAUUGAUCUCUAAGUGUGACGAGAGAAGUACAUUGGAGAGUUUUAUCAAGUCUCCAUCGAGUGUUUGGCACUCCAUGAAUGACAGCGAGCUUCUUUGGCGUGCAUCAAUGGAGCCAAGGAGAUUACAAUAUCCCUUUAAAAGGGUUCCUAAAAUAUCAUUCAUGUUUCUCACCAAAGGCCCUUUGCCAUUAGCUCCACUAUGGGAAAAGUUUUUCAAAGGGCAUGAGGAGUUUUACUCAAUCUACGUUCACACGUUGCCAAAUUAUACAUCUGAUUUCCCAAGCUCAUCUGUGUUUUACAGAAGACAGAUCCCAAGUCAGCCUGUGGCUUGGGGAGAGAUGAGUAUGUGUGAAGCUGAAAGGAGGCUUUUGGCUAACGCGUUGCUUGAUUUCUCUAAUGAAUAUUUUGUUCUGCUCUCUGAAGCUUGCAUUCCUCUCCGAGGUUUCGACUUCAUCUACAACUACGUUUCAAGAUCAAGAUAUAGUUUCAUGGGUUCUGUUGACGAGGACGGUCCUUACGGGAGAGGCAGAUACAGCUACGCGAUGGGACCGGAAGUCCAGCUAAGCCAGUGGAGAAAAGGGUCUCAGUGGUUUGAAAUCAACCGGAAUCUCGCUCUUGACAUUGUUGAAGAUACCGUUUACUAUCGCAAGUUCAAAGAGUUUUGUAGACCUCCUUGUUACGUGGAUGAACAUUACUUCCCAACGAUGCUCUCCAUUUUUUAUCCUCAUUCGCUGGCGAAACGGACCUUGACUUGGACAGAUUGGUCAAGAGGUGGUGCUCAUCCUGCUACUUUUGGCAAGUCUGAUAUAACAGAGAGUUUCCUCAAGAAGCUUCCUCAAGCUAAAUCUUGCUUAUACAAUGAUCAGCCAUCUCAAGUUUGUUAUCUCUUUGCAAGAAAGUUUGCUCCAAGCGCAUUGGAGCCUUUACUUAAACUUGCACCAAAGGUUCUUGGAUUCUAAUGGAUUCUAAUGGAUUCUAAUGGUUUUUGUUCUGUGCUGUUCUUGCAAGGACACAACUGAUCAUUAUUGCCUCCUUCCACAUUUAACUUCAAUGGCUAAUGAAAAUAUAACUUUACAGAUGUUUGAAUAAAAGAGUAUUGAUAUAUUUUCAGUCCCUUGUUUGCUGUUUGUCAAAU